AUGGAACUUCGCAAAGAAGGCCGCACCGUCGUCGUCUACGAGCGGGCAACCCAGGAUGACUACUUGGACUGCUUUGGUGAACCUGAAAAGAUCGGGAAGAUUGGAACAAAUAUUGAGGACUUCAAGUGCUCUUGGCUGGUUGUGAAAGCCCUGGAGCUCUGGCACUACGGAAAGGAUAAUCCAGCGGAUGUUUCGAAAAUCAAAGCCCUCUACCAUGAGCUUAAUCUACAGGGCAUAUUUUUCGAGUACGAAGCUAAGAACUAUGACAGACUCACGAGCUCCAUCAAGGCUAUUCCAAGAAAACCCGUGCAGGCCGUGCUGAAGUCCUUCCUAGCCAAGAUAUACAAGAGGAAGAAAUAA